UUUGUUUAUAAAUAGAUGUCGCAUUUUUUAUACGACAGAGUGGAAAGUUUCCUAAAAUUUGUUUGUUUCAAUAGCAAAGUAAAAAUUCAUUCGCAGUUCAAUAGUGAAGCGUUCAACAUCAAGGGAAAAUCAUGUCGAAAUUAAUCCGUUGGGGCAUUGCAUCGGCUGGCAAGAUCAGCGAGGAUUUUGUGAUUGCCUUGAGCACUCUGCCGUCCACUGAUCAUAAGGUUCAAGCAAUUGCUGCUCGCUCCUUGGACCGUGCCCAGGAGUUUGCUAAGAAGCAUGAGAUUCCAAGUGCUUAUGGUAGCUACGAUGAGCUGGCCAAUGCCAAGGAUGUGGAUGUGGUCUACAUUGGCACACUGAAUCCCCAGCAUUAUGAGGUUUGCCUGCUAAUGUUGAACAAGGGCAAACAUGUGCUCUGCGAGAAGCCUCUGGCCAUGAACAAGAAGCAGGUGGAAGGCAUUCUGGCUGCCGCCAAGGCAAACAAACGCUUCUUCAUGGAGGCCGUGUGGUCGCGUUUCUUCCCCAGCUAUGCUCAUGUGCGUGAUCUAAUUUCCAGCGGCAAGCUUGGCACAGUUCAGGAUGUAGAAGUUAACUUUGGCUUCCCUUUGCUUCAAGUUGAUCGUUUACAGAAACGCGAACUGGGCGGUGGCGUUGUCUACGAUCUGGGCAUCUAUACCAUUCAGGUGUCACAGUGGGCCUUCCAGGAGAAACCUGAAAAGAUUGAGUCCCAUGGUACAUUGAAUGCUGAGGGCAUUGAUGAUGAUGUAUCAGCCACAUUGACCUACAGCGGCGGCAGACAAUCUCGCAUGCGUUUCUCCUCCAAGGAGAAGCUGUCCAACACUGCUGUCAUCAAGGGCACAAAAGGUCAAGUUACGCUUAUUGAUUUCUGGACACCUAACAAAUUGAUCGAUAUCGAUGGCAAGGAAAAGGAAUGGCUACCACCCAAGGGAAAAUAUCAAACAAAUUAUGCCAAUUCCGAGGCUAUGCGAUAUGAGGCCGAGGCAGUGCGUCAAUCCAUACUCGCCGGCGAGGUGGAGAACAAGAAUGUCAGCUAUGCUGAUAGUUUGUUGUUUGCCGAAAUUGAGGAUACUAUUCGCAAACAAAUCGGUGUUCUCAAUAAAUAUGAUGAAUAGAGAGAAUUUAGGCAACAUCUACUUAAUUUUAUACUUACAAAAAAUUGAAACCUAACCUUACCCAAAUAAAUAUAAUCUAAAAAAGGAAUUAUAAUAUUUCGAAAUGGAAA